GGGCCACCCCACUCCGGGUGGAUCCCAGAGUCCCUGGGGAACCCGUCGCUGUGUGUGCAUGUGUGCAAACUAACCGUGUCAAUGGGGUGAGAUGUGGCGUUUUAUCAAAAUUAGAAAUAAAAACAUCCAUUCAAAAGAUGCUCGUCCUGAGUGAGCGAUGCUCUCGCCUACCGGGGCCACAGCUGUGCUGUCCUCACCCCCAGACCAACCUCCACGACCGCCCCUGCCCCCACCCAGCCUCUGAAAGUCUCUGUGCUCCUCUCACUGCUCUCAUGGCCACCCAGGUGUGUGGCACACACGUACACACACACGGACACAUGCACACAUGUGCAGGCUUAUAUGUGCAUGCACGUGGGUACCUGCACACACACAGACACAGACACAUGGACACACCCUCAUGCACACAGGCACACAUGUGCGUGCACAUGGGUACUUACACACGCACAGGCACAGACACAUGGACUCACACACAUACACACACAUGCAAGCUUAUACGUGCACGCACACGGGUACUUACACGUGCACAGGCACGGACACAUGGACACACAGACACAUGGACACACACGCAUGCACACAGGCACACACGUGCAUGCACAUGGGUACUUACACACAGGCACGGACACAUGGACACACACACAUGCACACACAUGCACACACAGACACAGACACAUGGACACACACGCAUGCACACACAGAGACACAUGGACACACACACAUGCACACAGGCACACACGUGCAUGCACAUGGGUACUUAUACAUGCACAGGCACAGAAACAUGGACACACAGACACACACAUGCACACCCAUGCAGGCAUGUAAACACACACACAGGAAACACACAUGUACAUGGACACAGGCACUCAUGCACUGUACGUGGGUGCAAAUACACAUGCAUACACACCCAUGGACAUAGACGUGGAGGAACUUGCAUACACAGAGAUGCACAGGGAUAUGGACAUGCACACAUAUACAUACAAGCACACACCCAUACAUGUGGACACACGCAGACACAUGCACACAUAGGUACACACACAUACACACAGUCACAGAUACACUGACGUGCGCACACGAGGUCACUCGGUGCCUCAGGCAGGCACUUCCGCCCUCUCCAGCCACGUCACUUUCCGCAGGCCUUCAUCCCCACGCUCUGCUCAUCCUUCUGUCUCAGCUCGGAGGUGUGUCCAUGGGCUGGCCCAGCCUGGGCACUGACCAUAGCCACCGUUGGCAGGCCCGGGGCCAAAGAAAGCCCCUGCCAUGCCCAGGCACCCACGGGUGAAUGGACAAGGCAGGCAGUGCCUGGACACCGGCCCCAGAGGUGGGGAGGCCCCUCCCUAGAGGGAGGCUGUAGAAAGCGUGAUCUGAGUGGGGAGCCCCUGCAAACACCCAGCCCUGGAAAGGGUGGGAAGUGAGGCCCCAGGAGCAGGAGUGAGGGAGAACAGAGCCCAGUGGGCAGAAAAGGGGAGGGGCCUGAGUAGGAUCUCCUCUCCUGAAUGGGCAAAGGCAACACAGCCCCCUUCGGGCCCCGUCCCAGGCCCUCUCUGGCACCAAGACCUUGGGCGCCUGAGUUCACCUGUGCAGGGGCUGCAGACCCCACUGAGUGUCCUCAGCCUGACCACCUGAGUGUUAGCCUCCCUGGAGCCUCAGGGCUCUGUCUGACCCUUUGGCCCCAGAGUUCUGGGAGGGCAGACAAGCCAGCCAGGGCCCCACAAAUGCUAGUCACUCCCAGAAGGAGAGACAGCGAGUGGGAAUCUCACUAGGAAGUGAAGAGGUCCCCUUGGGCCCAGACAUCUGCCAGCUCCUCACUGCCAGCCCUCGCUGGCCUCGGUGGCCAGGGCCACACCUGUCCCAAACCACAGGUGGCAGGGGGCCCUGCUCUCUGCCUCUCAGCCGCAGGUGGCUCCGGCUGUGUCACCACACCCCACAGGAGAGUUCAGGACACUGUGAGCCACUCUUCUGGGGUCACUGCCUCCGGCCCCAGCCCAGGCCACACCCCCACGUCUAUGUUUCUCUGUCGCACUCUCUGCCAUCCCAGGGCUCCUAGACAAGGUGCUCAGGGCUACCCUGCUCUGCUUUGGCCACAUUCUGCCUCCACCUGGCCCCCUGCUUUGGGCUGUCAAGGCCCAGCUAACGCUUGGCUUAGACCCUUCCCGACUGAGCCCAAGAGCCCUCAGCCCCACAAGGUGGGUGCAAGGGAGACUGCAAGGCCAGGAGGCCAUAGACACCCUCUCCUGCCCCACCUGUCCCUCCUGGGUGCAGCACAGCCGAGGGCCGAGGGUGGUUCUGGGGCUGGACUGUGCUGGUGCCGGGCCUGACCCCUCUGUGCUGUGUCCC